AUGGAGGCAGAAAACAAAUCCAUCGCCACGGACAACGCAACAGAGCUCAAGUCCGGGCUCGACCUACAAAACACUGCCAGCAUUCAGGAGGCAGAGAUCAAAGACAGUCGCAAUGGACAGUUUCACCGCUCAUUCUCGCCUCGCCAGAUCCAUAUCAUCUCACUCGGAUCCAAUAUCGGCAGCGGCGUCUUCCUCGGCACGGGCAAAGCCCUUGCCAGCGGCGGCCCCGGUAACAUGGUCAUCGCCUAUGCACUCGUCUGCACAUGCGUCUGGGCGGUGCUACAGACUCUGGGAGAAAUGACCAUCGCCUUUCCGACUCCGGGCAACUACAUCGACUACGCCGAACGCUGGGUUGACCCGGCAUUGGCCUUUGGAGCCGGCUUUGCAGAAUGGCUGGCCUGGGUGGCAAUCAUCGCUCUCGAAGCCAUUUUCUUCGACCUGUUUGUCCAAUUCUGGGCACGAGGGGCACUGCCAGUCCCAGCUUCGAUUACCAUCUUUUUGGUCAUCAUGCUCGUCAUAUUCCUCCUGCCGAACAAGAUAUUUGCCUGGUUCGAAUACGUCACCUCGGUCGUCAAGAUCUUCCUCUUCCUUCUCAUCAUCAUCCUGUCGCUCUGCCUUGUCGCGGGCGCAGGACCAGGCGGAUACGUCCACGACGGAGCCUACUGGCGCGACCUCCCAGCCUUCAAAAACGGCUUCACCGGCUUUGCGAACUGCGCGCUCCUCUGUCUCGCCGGCGUUGGCGACCAGGUCUUCAUCGGCAUCAUGGGCGGCGAGGCCGAAAGCCCCCGCUUCUCCAUGGCCCACGCCACCAAACUGGUCCCCUACCGCGUCGGGAUCGUCUACAUGCUCAGCGUGGUUUUCAUCACGCUCCUGGUCCCCUCCAACGACGAGCGACUCCUCGGCGGAUCCGACGUCACCGCCUCUCCCUUUGUCAUCUCCGUCGUCGACGCCAACAUCCCCGUCGUGCCCGACAUCAUCAACGCCGCCAUGAUCACCGGCAUCCUCGCCAUCGGCGCCGAAUCCAUCUACCUCUCAUCCCGCAUCCUGCGCACCAUGGCGCACAAGAAGCUGAUUCCCGAGUAUUUCGCGACCGUCGACGACAAAGGCCGUCCACGCUGGGCCCUCGCCAUCACUUGCGGCGUCGGCGUCUUCCUCAGCUACCUCAGCCUGAGCGCCGGCGGCUACGAACUCUUCAUCUGGCUCGUCAACAUCUCCAGCACCGCCUUCUUCGUCAACUGGCUGAUAAUCGGCUACACCUCAAUCCGCUUCCACGCCGCCCUCCGCGCACAGUCCUCCCCCCUCCUCCACCCCACCACCACCCCCUACGCCUGGACCUCCUACCGCUGGCCCCUGAUGCCCGCGUGGCUGCUCCUCGUCUCCUUGCUGCUGACGGCAUGCUGCAUCCAAGCCGCGGUGCAGCCGCUCAACGGCGCGAAGUUGACGCCGUAUUAUUUCUUCCAGUAUAUCAUUGGCUUGCUGCUGAUUGUGGGGGGCACGGGGAUUUAUAAGGUGGUGAUGAGGACGGAGUGGCGGGAUCCGGCCAAGGCGGAUCUGGUGACGGGGAGGAGGGUGCUGACGGUGGACGAGGUGAGGGGGUUGGAUGAGUAUUAUCGCCUGCCGAGGUGGAGGCGGUUUUUGGGAUAUGUGCAGUUGUGGUGA